GCUGAAUGCGCGCGCGCGGCAUCUCCGUACGCCCCGGCAAGACAGCGGUGCCCUGGUUGGUGGGGGUGGGGCAGCGGGGGCACCGUUGGGGUUGCCGUGUGGGUAGCGGCCGGCGGGAGCAGAGUUGUUUUCGAAGGAUUCGGGGGUUCUUGUUGGCUCCCCGCCAUGGCCAUGUCUCCGUGCAGUAGCAGCGGUGUUUCCUCGUCGUCCUCGUCGACUUUAGGCGCAGACGCGGGGCUGGAGAUCCGCACGCGCUCCGUGGAACAGACGUUGGUUCCGUUGGUGUCGCAGAUAACUACUCUUAUUAAUCAUAAGGAUAAACCAAAGCGUUCAGACAAGACUCUACAAGCAAUUCAGCGAGUGGGACAAGCAGUUAAUCUGGCAGUUGCAAGAUUUGUUACUGUAGGUGAAGCCAUAGCCAACGAAAACCAUGAAUUGAAAGAGGAAAUGAGUGUUGCUUGUAUUGAGGCAAAGAGAGCAGGUGAAACAAUUGCACAGCUUACAGAUGUAGCAAGCUUGGAUCGUCUAGAAUCAGAUAGCCACAUAACAAUUUUUACGGACAAAACAGGCGUUGUGAAAGCUGCAAGGCUGCUACUCUCUUCUGUGACAAAGGUGCUUGUGUUAGCAGACAGAGUAGUUAUUAAGCAGAUUAUAACUUCCAGAAACAAGGUUCUUGCAACAAUGGAACAACUAGAGAAAGUCAGUAGUUUCCAGGAAUUUGUACAAAUAUUCAGCCAGUUUGGAAAUGAAAUGGUGGAGUUUGCCCAUUUAACUGGGGAUCGACAAAAUGAUUUGAAGGAUGAGAAGAAAAAGGCUAGAAUGGCAGCAUCUAGGACUGUUCUUGAGAAAUGCACCAUGAUGCUCUUGACUACUUCUAAGACUUGUCUGAGGCAUCCAGACUGUGAAUCUGCUCGUAUAAACAAAGACGGGGUGUUUCACCAGAUGAGACUAGCUUUGGAGCAGGUAAUAGAAAUUAUAACUGACUCUAGAUCAAAUGGAGAAAAUGAAUUAGCUUCCAUCAGCAUAUAUUCUGGCAUCAGAAUAUUCAAGAAUAAAGUGGAGGGCCUUCGUGAGAAUCUUUAUUUUCUGUCAAAAGAAAACCUUUCAACAAUGCUGGAAGUUAUCCUGGAACAUACAGAAGACUUUACAGAUUCUGCCUAUACCAGUCAUGAGCACAGAGAACACAUUCUGGAGCUGUCUAAACAGGCUAAAAUGGAACUAGAGCAGCUGGUUUCAGUGUGGAUGCAAGCUCAAAACCAAAAGACAGAGGAUCUCAUGGACGACUUGGAAGUAGCCAUUUUGAAAAUGUGCCAAUGCGUGAAUGAACUUAGAAGAGAGCUCCAUAGUGCAGCAACAUCUUUGUCAGCAGAUCUGCUGAAAUACCAUACAGAUCAUAUGGUUCUGAAAGCAUUAAAAAUCACAGGGGUGGAAGGAAAUCUGGAAGCUAUAGCAGAAUAUACAUGUAAGCUAUCAGAGCAGAAAGAACAGCUUACUGAGAUGUGUCGUUUGUUGAGGCAUGUUUCUGGAACAGAGCCCCUUGAGAUCACUUGCAUACAUGCAGAAGAUACCUUUCAGGUCACUGGCCCACAGAUAAUUUCUGCUGCAGAAACACUGGCACUACAUCCAUCUAGUAAGAUUGCAAAAGAAAAUCUUGAGGUGUUCUGUGAGGCUUGGGAGUCGCAACUGAGUGACAUGUCCACGUUACUAAGAGAAAUCAAUGAUGUGUUUGAGGGAAGAAGAGGAGAGAAGCAUGUCUACCUAUCACUGCCCAGACCUGGGAAGCAUAACGCAAAUCUGAAAGCAUUAAAGCCAGUCAAAUUAGAUACUGAGGAACAGGCAAAAAUUGCAAAACUUGGAUUAGAACUGCAUCUACUCACAUCUGAUGUGGAUUCUGAGACAGAGCAAUGGGAGGAUCAGGAGAAUAAGAUAGUACAGCAUGUACAAAGCAUGUCAAGUAUGGCCUACUCCAUGUACUUAUUUACCAGAGGAGAAGGACUGCUGAAAACUACCCAGGAUUUAUUUCAUCAAGCAGAGAUUUUUGCUACAGAGGGCACAAAACUUGCUUCAGCUUUUCAUGCCUUUUCUGAUCAGCUACAUUGUGAUGGUAAACCAUUGCUUCUGUUGGAGACUGAAAAACUGAUCCCUAUAUGCCAGCAGCUUCAGAUUACGGCUAAAGCUUCUGUUCAGGGUAAAAGUGCUACAUUUACAAAGGUUGAUGCAUGCAUUCAGAAAACAAGGAAUGUGAUGACUCUGUUAUGUCAACUUCUUCCACUUUGCUGCAGAUUACUGAGAAAGAACAAAACAGGAAACAGCUGUCCUAAACCUGCUCCACCAUGGAAAGAGAACAGAGUACAAACUGGUGCAAAUACACAUUGCCCAGAAAGGACAGCUGAGAUGUUUGGCAUCAAAUCUUUAGAAAAUCAUGUAACAAAUACAACAUUUUUAGAAACCAAGUAAUUACAGCACUUAGAAAUGCAGGAACUCCACGUAAAAGUAACUCUUUCUGAAGUUUCAAUAUUGCUUUCAUUUGUGGAAAGUCAAACCAGUUUAACCUGAAUUAAAGCUGUUGACCUUUGUAACAGCUGAUAUGACUUAGCAAUUAAAACAUCAGCCAGUCUGUUGCAUAUUUUUAUAAUGUGAAUGCAUUUCCUAUGCUCACUAUUGAUACUGGUUUUGUAAUUAAUGCUUAUGAAUGUCUUAAUAGAUCUUUCAACACAAAGAUGCUGCUAAUAGACAAAAAGAACCUUGUGCUGAAUAUACUAUAUGUAACACUACUGUUGAAGAUUGUAAACUCAUCUCUGGCCUAUUUCAGUCUAUGUAUUUGAUAAAGCACGAUCAGGAAAAUAGUCUGAAAGGCUGUGGCCUAAAGCACUGAAAUGUUUCUUAGCUAUGAGUUAUACCUGCAAUGAAAUAGUCUAGGAAAAAAAUAUAUCUUGCAAUAUCUGCAAUGUUGAAUUUUAGUCUCAUUGACAUAAUUCAUGUUCUCAAAAGUAUAUUUCUAAGUGAUUAAUGCUCUCAAUUCAAAACUUUUUUCCUUUAGUUGUAGGUCUUUCUGAUUAAAACUUACAAGCAUUUGAAUUGCAUGUCGAACUACUGAAGUAUUAUGUAGACUUUACACUACACCAUCUAAAUUUGUCAUUAUCAGCAUGCAUUUCUUAAAUUCUAAGUACAAAGGCAUUGUUUGACUUCAAGAUGCUAUGAAAAUACAAGCUGGUAUGAAAUA